CCAGAAAAAGAAAAACAAAAGAAACACAGAACAUACCACUUGGCUUCAAGAGACGCCACUUUUGACCUCUCUUAUCAAUAUCAUCUACCGUUAGUUAACGGUCCGUUUAUCAAUACCAGCAGCACACUCCGUUAAGUAGCGCAUGGGUUCCGUCUCUCCCUCUCUCUGUCUUCUAUUUAACUCCGUCUCUUUUAACACCUUCACUUUCUCUCUCUUUCUCUUUUUCUCUCUCUCUAAAAUGGGGAUCGAAUUUGAUAGCCUCUGUUUUAGGGUUGAUUUCAAGCUCUCCUUUUAGGUUGGUGAUGGACAAAUGAAAUUGAUGCCAUUACUUGCUGUUUUUCGGAUUUGUUGAUGAAUAUUUCUGAACUAUUAAUGUGUGAAGCUUUGAAUCUUUAAAGAUGCAGAGAUUUAUGAGUUGUUUGUUUGGUUUUGUUGAUUGAUUGGGAGGUCUGCUGAUCUCUUCUGGGUUUCCAUUUUAAUUUAUGGUGCUGCUGUUUAUAAAAUUGUGACAACUGUGGUGGGCUUGCAAGUCUCAACUCAGAAUUGAAAAAAAGAGAAGGGAAAAGAAAAAGGAUGGGGGAAGCUCUCCUCACAACAUUGACAAUGGAGAAUUAUCAUCCAUCUACACUUCUGUCAAUGGAUUCAGGUUCUCUGACACAUGAAGAAUUAGAGAGAGAGAUGAAUCGAUCGGUUAUUCUUUCUCGGCCCCCGGAUAUUAAUCUCCCAUUAUCGUCUGAGCCUAGCCCACCUCCUUCCUUGGCCUGGAAUGAUCCAUGUGACAUCUUAGAUGUUAGUCUUGCACCUCAAACUUAUGAGGUUGAGGCAGUAGUUAAUAUGCCCAAAGUUGCAAAGAAAUGCACAAAACGGCUUGAUAGUAUUUGGGGUGCGUGGUUUUUCUUUAGCUUCUAUUUCAAGCCUGUUCUGAAUGAGAAAUCAAAGUGCAAGAUAAUAAGGGAUAGCAAUGGCGUGUCUGGGUAUGAGAAAUCAGAUCUGCAGCUUGAUGCUUUUCUAGUUCAGCAUGACAUGGAGAACAUGUAUAUGUGGGUUUUUAAGGAAAGGCCUGAAAAUGCCUUGGGUAAGAUGCAGCUGAGGAGUUACAUGAAUGGACAUUCUCGCCAAGGGGAGCGUCCAUUUCCUUUCAGUGUUGAUAAGGGCUUUGUUCGCUCUCAUAGGAUGCAGAGGAAGCAUUACAGGGGUCUCUCUAAUCCUCAGUGUGUUCAUGGCAUAGAAAUUGUUAGAUCACCCAAUCUCAUGAAUCUUGAUGAGGAAGAAAGGAAGAGGUGGAUGGAGCUUACAGGCCGAGACAUAAAUUUCUCAAUUCCUGCUGAAGCAAGUGAUUUUGGUUCUUGGAGGAAUCUUCCAAACACUGAAUUUGAGCUUGAGCGCCCUCUUCAUCCAUUAAAGAGUAAUGGAAAUUCCCAUCCAAGAAAAUUGCUUAAUGGUACUGGUUUGAAUCUGUCUACCCAGUCAUCAGACCAUGGCAAUGGUGAGACCAUGGACCUUUCUCCUGUCUGCCACAAGCGCAAGAAGGAUUAUUUGCCACAUGGAAAUGAUGAUGAAUGUUUGGCUAACAAUUCGCAUGGUGAAAGGGUUGAUAUGAAUAUUCAUCCAGUUGAGCCAGCAUGGAUAAACGAGUUCAGCGGGGUAAUGAAGAAUGUAUAUGGGCCUGUUACAGCAGCGAAAACAAUAUAUGAAGAUGAUGAAUCAUUCUUAAUCAUCAUCAGCUUGCCCUUUGCAGAUCUUCAAAGGGUGAAAGUCACUUGGAGAAACACUAAUUUGCAUGGAAUCGUGAAGAUAUCUUGUAUAAGUACAGCCUGCAUGCCAUUUAUUAAGAGACAUGAUAGGACAUUUAAGCUAACAGAUCCAACACCAGAGCACUGCCCUCCGGGGGAAUUCAUUAGGGAAAUUCCCCUACCAAACCGUAUUCCAGAAGAUGCAAAACUGGAAGCAUACCGGGAUGAGACAGGAACUAUGCUUGAAAUUAUUGUUCCUAAACAUCGCGUAGGACCAGAAGAACAUGAAGUCCGGGUAUGCCUUCGCCCACUCCUCGGAGUGAAUGGACAUUUGUCAGCCUGAAAGAGUCAUUUAUUUGAAGAUGUAAGAACGGUUAGAGUGGUUGGUGCUUCAUUGUUUACUAACCCCAUUCCAUGAAGGAAAUCUAUGAAAUGAUAUGCAUUUUUUUUUUGUU